AAGACAAUCGCGUGAAUUCGCCAGUGAAGAAAAAUACGAGAGUGUUUUUGGCAAAAAUCUGCAAAUAAUUAUUAACGGAAAAACUAUCUAAAGAAACUAUACAAAAUGCAAGUGGAUAAAGUUUGUGCCGCCAUCGCGCUUGUUGCCAUUUUCUCCUGCGUUGUGGAUGCAGCGGUUUAUAGUCAGCCUGCCAUCUUUCAUCCUGCUCACCCCGGCAAGUGCUUCGACAAGUUCACCAGAAAGGCCUUGCUGCCGGGCAAGGAAUACAAGCCGAAGGGCAUCUGCGCCUCGAUGACUUGCAGCCUGGAGGCGCGCGAAAUCAGCAUCGAGACCUGUCCCUACGUGGAGGCACCUGGCUGCGAGGAGCUGCCCAGUGACCCCAACUGGAGCUUCCCCAAGUGCUGUCCGCAGUUCAAGUGCGUCGACUUUAAGACCGGCAAGGAGUUCACCGUCUCGCUGUAGAUCGAUAGUCCCAGUUCCGCAGAUAUUGUAUCUUUAUCUGCAACUGAAUCGUGAUUUUACAAGAAAUGUAUUCGUAGUUCUGUAGUCCUGGUGUGAUUGAAUGAAGUAAUGAUUGAGAAAUUGAGCGGCUGUGUGCGUGUCUGAUUCAUUUUUAAUUUAUUUAUUAUAAUUUGUAAAUAACACAUAAACAGCAUAACUCUCACCGUUUCCCCCGUCAUGUUAUCACGUGUGAACAUAAUGCAAUUUGUUUUGAUUUAUUCAAAAGUCCCUGUAUGCGAUAUUUGCAAAUAUGACUAACUAUAAACAAACUAUGUUUAGUCUGUAAGGUUUAAGCAAAAAAAAAAUAAAAAGAAUUUGAAAUAUGCAAA